AUGAGUUCUGAUACAAUUAAUGUGACAGCACAACCAAUCUCGGAUACAACUCACGAGAUGCUGACGUCUGUGUUUUUGGAGACCCGCUCUGCCCAAGUUAUUGCAGGCAUAUUUGUGUGGACAGCAUUAUUUAUUACUUGCCAACAGAUAUACCAACACCUUCGCUGGUACACGAACCCAUCGGAGCAGCGCUGGAUAGUGCGCAUAUUGUUUAUCGUACCCAUCUAUGGCUGCUACAGUUGGAUCUCUCUAUUAUUUUUCAAUGGCAAUUCUUAUUAUGUUUAUUUCUUCACAGUAAGGGACUGCUAUGAAGCCUUCGUGAUAUAUAGCUUUCUGUCGCUAUGCUACGAAUACUUGGGCGGGGAAGGGAACAUAAUGUCGGAGCUGCGCGGGCGGCCGGUGCGCGCCUCGUGCGUCAACGGCACGUGCUGCCUCUCCGGUGCGACCUACACUAUCGGCUUCUUGAGGUUCUGCAAACAAGCGACCCUACAGUUUUGCCUCAUCAAGCCUGUGUGCGCCUUCAUUAUUAUAUUCUUACAGGCGGCCGGUCACUACCACGACGGUGACUGGAGCCCGGACGGCGGUUACAUCUACAUAACGAUAGUGUACAACUUCUCCGUCAGUCUAGCGCUCUAUGGCCUCUUCCUGUUCCUAGGCGCCACGCGUGAAAUGCUCAAGCCAUUCGAUCCCGUGCUUAAGUUCUUCACCGUGAAAUCUGUCAUCUUCUUGUCAUUCUGGCAAGGUGUAGCUCUGGCCAUCCUAGAGAAAGCGGAUGUGAUAUCCCCGAUAGUGGACUCGAACGGUAUCCCAACCACGGCGGGUACGGUCUCCGCAGGAUACCAGAACUUCCUCAUCUGUAUAGAGAUGCUGGCGGCGGCUGUGGCGCUGCGCUACGCGUUCCCGGCGGCGGUGUACGCGCACGCGCACCGCGACCCGCACCGCUCCGUCACUAUGCAGUCUAUAUCGUCCAGCCUUAAGGAGACAAUGAACCCGAAGGACAUAAUGACGGACGCGUUCCAUAACUUCCACCCCCAGUACCAGCAGUAUACGCAGUACAGCUCCGAUGUUACUUCUCACCUGCCUUAUGAGAAACUA